GCUUCGACAAAAAACUUCGAGCAACGAAACCACACCUUCGCCGGCCGGCAAGAAAAGUAAGCUGAUUUCACUGCAUAUUGCUGAACAUACACUUGCACAAGAAUAAAUAAAUCAAAGGCCAAUCAAUACACUAUUGUGCCAUAUUGAUUUGCAAGUCGCAGUAGCCAAAAGUGAACAAUUUUAUUCAACUUUGCAAGAAAAUAACCGUCCGCCAUUUUGGUUCCCUUUACUUUGCAUCGAGAAAAAAUAUUACCACGCCCUGCCAUUUUUCGCCAUGACCAUGGAUAGCGAUUCGGCUGAAAAGGAAGUGGACAAGAACGCAAGGAAAGGUAUCAUAAGAAAAAUCGCACAGUGUAAAGCGUCGUUGACAAAGGCAGAAAAUUUUAUCCGCACAUUGGAAUCGCCAAUCAACAAGGACGUAGUAUCUGCGCGGCUACAACAACUGCAGGAGGUGCUGCCAAGGCAUGAGCAGCUACUGAUCGAAUUAAGUACUUUGGACGACACCCUUGAUGAAGACUAUUUCGGAAACGACGCGUUCGAGGACCGGUAUUUGGCGAUCGUGGCGAGCCUUCGAGGCCUACUGGCGCCGCAGCCGCCGUCGCCGGCUCCAGCAUCGGGCGCGCAGCAGUCUACAGACGCGUGCGCUACCAGCGUGAGGCUGCCAGAAAUAGACAUUCCUGCGUUUGACGGCAAGGACUACACAAAAUACCACUCGUUCAUCGAACUCUUUAGUGCAGUGAUAGAUAAUAAUUCUAAAUUAGCCGCAAUUCAAAAGCUUUUCUAUCUUAGAAAAUACUUAAAAGGUGAGCCAUUGUCAUUAAUCGAAGGAUUACCCGUCACCGGGGACUCGUAUGGAAAAGCUCUUGAAUUGUUGAGAAAUAGAUAUGACAAUAAGUUUCUUAUUAUCACUAACCAUGUACAAGAGCUGCUAGACUUCAAUCCACUAGUAAAGGGAGCGGCUACCAAUUUAAGAGAGUUAGUGUCACAUGCUCGCCAGCACUUAGGUGCACUGAAAACAUUAGGACAACCGACUGACAGCUGGGACAUGAUAGUUUUACCCAUUUUGUUGCGAAAGGUCGACCAGUUUACUUGCAGAGCCUAUCAUUCGGAGCGUGACACCACAAAGCUGCCCCUACUGGAUGACUUCUUCGCUUUUGUGGAGCGGAGAGCUAGCAGCUUCGAGGAGAGCCAAAGAAGUGAAGACAGUCACCUAUGGACUCAAGAGCUCAAGCUACCUGGCCACCAGAUGUCUCCAGGAGUUAGCAGACCGGUUUGGGAGCAACAUGCCGCUUGCUGCUGA